UGAAUAUAAAUCUCCUUUUUUCUUGACCCAACAACCCCACCAUUGUGACUAUUCUGUUCUGCCAUAUCUUGAUUAUUCCUAGUGAUCUAAGCUCUUUAUUGCCAACCUGCAAGUUUUGCUGUAAAUCUUGUAUAUACACAACUUAAAUACAUGCUGUUGGAGCUGGUGUUAAGGCGGUGCUGGCAUCAGACUUUCCCUCCUAUGGAUCCUCGUUAACUGUUUAGAUUGUACUCCCUGUUCGGUUACCUCCCGCGUCAGAUUGGGUAAUUUGCGGUCCUGCUGCCUUUUUCAUAGAGAAAGGAAGCUAUAAAAAGAAGUUUGAGAUGUGUUUGGUGUUUGUAUGUGAUGAAGAUGAGAGGGUAUUACAAAGACAGGCAGCUCCAGGGGCAUGUCCUUACUGUGGAGGGUUGGUUCAAGCCUUGGACAUGGAGAGCCAGUGGAGAUUCUGCUUUGUCCCUCUUUAUUUCAAGACUAAGCGCAGAUAUUACUGUACCCUUUGCACCAGGCGUCUCAUCAUCCAAUAAUUUUCCCUAUCAUAUGAUUAUAGCCUUCUUUUUUUUAAAAUCUUGUUUCGUUGAACUUCCAAGAAAAUAAAGAUGUAUAAUCCUUUGGCUUUUCAGGUAUAAAGGGUGUGUACGGUAUAUGUUAUCUAAGUUUUAUAAGUUUGUUUUAUGAAAGGAUGAAUCGGCUGGAAGUUGGUAGCUCAAAAUUGUUCUGGUGCAACUGACCUGCUGUUCUUGCUAUAUGAAAUUUAACCGAUUAUAUUACAUUGCUCAAGCUUUCUGCA